AUGCUACCUCGAGCUUUCUUGCCGCUCAAACGUGCCCCACUCACCUUGAAUUUGCGAGCACCGCCUGCGACAUACAAGUUACACACUCUGCCACUGCCGCGUCCGACGCCUCUCGUCUCACCAGUGCUGUCACGCGUCCCUCCAUGCUGUCGGAACAAGCUCUUCGCAGGGGCGGCUGUGCGCGGCGUCGCAUCACAGGUGUCCAACAGGCCCGGUUCCCAGACACCCAGACAAGCCGCGACGAACAUCAGAGAAGAAGUCGGUAACACCGCUAGCAGUGUCGCACGUGGAAUUGCGGGUGCGAACGUCAAUGUGGACUCCGUGAAACCAAUGAAACCCGAAGAGGACUCAUUUAUUGGAAUUACCAGCGCGGUUGCGAGCACCGUGCCCAAACCUGUGCUGGUUUUUGGUCUGGCCGGUGGUAUUCCGUAUCUCGGAACCUCGGCGACCGUUAUUUACCUUGCUCGAAAAGCAGGUCUUGCCACAGCUGGAUACUAUACCGGUAUUGAUCCGGGCGUUGCGCUCACAAUACUUGAUCAGGCUCUCAGCAUCCAGGUGACGUAUGGAGCCGUCAUGCUUUCCUUCUUGGGUGCUCUACACUGGGGCAUGGAAUUUGCAGGAUAUGGUGGUCAACAAGGAUACCGACGACUUCUACUGGGUACAGCUCCUGUGAUUUGGGGUUGGACGACACUCGCACUUGAUCCUACGAUGGCUCUUAUUACGCAAUGGGUUGGAUUCACUGCCUUGUGGUGGGCUGACCUGCAAGCAACGAACGCCGGCUGGGCUCCGAAAUGGUACUCACAGUACCGCUUCUAUCUUUCUAUUCUUGUCGGAACCUGCAUAAUUGGUAGCCUCGCUGGGACGUCGUACUUCGGACCCGUGGCCGGUCACGGAAUUGAGACGCAUGACCUCAACAUCCUGCGAGCACAGCGCAAGAAGCACGUCGUUGAAGGCUCAGGGACUGUUGGUGGGGAGAUAGAGGCGCUACCGAACAGUGCAGCCGACAGUUAUGUUACGCUGAAGAAGAAACACGAAGAGGAACCCGAGGAGAAGGGUGACGGGAAGGCAACGGGUAAAGAUUGAGGGAUUGAAACAUCGGGCGGGAUAAACUUU